CCAUCUCUUGGCACUUGUUCACUGUUUUUUCCUUUGUUACGUUACACGACUAGAACUUUUUCGGGCCCCAACAAGAUGGGGAUAUAUCCAAAGUCUGAGAAGACUGCAAAAGCACCAAUAGUUGGAUUGAAUGUGCUAAUUGCAAGCUCAAGUCACUUCGCAUUGCAUUCUCACCACUUAGCAUUGCAUUCAUGAAUCAUGAUAAUGCAAAUUCAAUCAAGGACGCUCAAUUAAUUAAAUUGACCAUAAAAAAGCCUCUCUCUCGCUCGCUAUAACUAGUUCACUUUUGAACCAAGCAUUCACGAGACACCCUUGAAACUUUUCUCCCUUUGAAAACUGCUUCUUCUUCUUUCUCUCACCUCAUAGCAUUUGGCUACAACCAAUGAAAUCCCAACAUCCUUCUCUUCUUCUGCUUGAGUCUUCAAUGCUGUGAGAUCUUUUAUCCGUCACAUUUUUUUUUUGUUGAAACCAUAGGUAUCUUUCAGGAUAAUCUUACUCGAGUCAGAUAAGACUACCGAAGACACACAACUUUGAUACACGAAGUAACCAUAAUUUGACAUGAAACAAACCGUGGCCUAGUUACGUAAAAAUGGCAUUCAAAGGGUCUUGUUGGAACAUACAAACUCAUGGAGAUGGUUUCAUGAAAAGCCACACGUACUCUUCAUUCUUAUUUGGAGCUCAUGUUCUGAAAUCAACACUAAGGAGGAAAAUUUCUUUGGACUGUCUGUUUUGACAAGUAUCUCAUCAUCAUAGCAAGCAGCAAAGGUUUCACAAUCACACACUUGUUUUCUAGGUUCAAUGGCGGGGUCAUGUUUCCUCGGGCUUAGGCUAAGGAGGUCUAAGAGUAAGCCUUUACCAGAACCUUCAUCUGCCUCCAAGACCCAUUUGGAGAUUGACGUGGAUAACAUGGGAAGGAAGAGAUUUGAUAGCAUGGAAUCGUGGUCCAUGAUAUUGGACUCAAUGGAGACAUGGGAGGCUUCAAAGGAGGAGGAGCAAGAGGAAUGGACUGCAGACUUGUCACAGCUGUUUAUAGGUAACAAGUUUGCUUCCGGGGCUCAUAGCCGAAUCUACCGUGGAAUCUACAAGCAGAUAGCUGUUGCUGUGAAAAUGGUGAGGAUUCCAUCAGAGGAUGAGGAGAGAAAGGCCUUGCUAGAAAUGCAAUUUAACUCUGAAGUGGCUUUGCUUUCACGUCUCUUUCAUCAUAACAUAGUGCAGUUUAUUGCAGCAUGUAAGAAACCGCCCGUGUAUUGUAUCAUAACAGAAUACAUGUCACAAGGGACCCUGAGGAUGUAUCUGAAUAAGAAAGAGCCAUACUCACUCUCAAUGGAAACAAUUCUAAGGUUAGCUCUAGAUAUAUCAAGGGGUAUGGAGUACCUUCAUUCACAAGGAGUUAUUCACAGAGACCUGAAGUCAAGUAAUUUGCUUCUCAACGAUGAUAUGAGGGUCAAGGUGGCGGAUUUUGGCACUUCUUGUCUUGAAACACGAUGUCGGAAAAGCAAAGGGAAUUCUGGAACAUAUCGUUGGAUGGCACCAGAGAUGGUUAAGGAAAAACCUUAUACUCGUAAAGUUGAUGUGUAUAGUUUUGGUAUUGUGCUUUGGGAGCUCACAACUGCUCUACUUCCAUUCCAAGGGAUGACCCCAGUGCAAGCUGCUUUUGCUGUGGCUGAGAAGAAUGAAAGGCCUCCUCUGCCAGCUAGUUGUGAACCAGCACUAGCACAUCUGAUAAAGCGUUGCUGGUCAGCAAACCCCUCGAAAAGGCCAGAUUUCAGUGAUAUUGUGUGCACUUUGGAGAAGUACGAUGAGUGUAUGAAAAAGGGCCUACCACUAAGUCAUCAUUCAGGGCUACUCAGCAGAAAUGUAAUUAUUCAACGCCUAAAAGGCUGUGUGUCCGAGAGCUCUUCCAUAACUGUACAUGCUUGAUUCCCCCAUACAUGGCCAAUGCCUCAUGUAUAACUAACAGCAAACAGUAAUCAGAAGCAGCUCACCAACUACCAACAACCAGAGGCUAAGCGUACUCAGCAACAUCCAACAGCAUCCAUCCACCAAACAACAUGAGUGCAAAGUAUCAUCAGCAACUACUACUACAUUCCACCUACCAUCAAUGCUGACAGUACUCUCAAAACUACACUACUCGCUAUGAUACCCUUGUCCUUCACUUUAAUGUUAUGUUUGACAGACGAAGGAAAUUGAGGAAAAGGAAAUCCUAUAUAUGGUAUAGACUAAGGGCUGAUUGAGUAAAUUUAUCUUCUAUAGAAGCACUUUUAGUAGAGAAAUAGGAAGAAAAACUUAAAAAAGUUUAUCUAUUAG